AGGGCGCGCAGAUUGAGAUUUUCCGAUGUCGCUGCUUUCAAUCCAUAUUUAACCACUUUCUUAAACCUCAAUUCCUCCAUUUUCUUGACCAAACUUCCUUAACUCUCAGCCAUACUCUAUCACCGCACCAAUCCACCUUCUCCCACAAGGGGCGAAGAAUAGUCGUCCGAUGAUUUCUUUAGACCGCCAAUAAUGUCUGCGAAGAAUGAUCCCAGGGAGAAUGAAGUGAGCACAGCGGCGCCUGAGAAUGACGAACUAGGAACCAGCCCUGCUGCGCCGUUCAAUCACGCACGACCCGAUUGGAGCGAUGUUUCCUACUAUCUCUCGAUGCGAGACGGAGUUCGUCUCGCCAUCAGCAUCUAUUUUCCCGAUCACAUGCCACCGGCGAAACCAGCACCUGUGGUCCUAGUGCAGACCCGGUACGGUAGGGCAGGGGCGCGGCACAAAGACAGUGAUAACCCGCGCACGCUCGACCCGUGGCUCCGGGCCGGUUAUGUCGCCGCGACGGUAGACGUCCGUGGCACCACUGCUUCGUUCGGGGCGCGGGACUGCGAACUGGGUCCCGAUGAACAAGCCGAUAUGGAUGAGAUCAUCGAACAUCUCGCCGGCUUGCCGUGGUCAAAUGGCAAGAUCAUUGCUACCGGCACGUCUUAUACUGGCAACACAGCCGAUCUGGCGACCACCAGGCCCGCGCCUGCACUGGUCGGGGCGAUCCCGCGCGCCACCGAUUUUGACUUCUGGGAGCUGUUUUGGCCGGGCGGCAUUCCGAAUGACUCGAUGUUCCGAGAUUGGGCGGCCGAAGUCCAUGAGAUGGACUUUGGCCGUUCUACCUCUACAGUCGUGUCCGAGUCGGCGCCGAACGGGGAAGAGAAAGUCCUGGAUGGCCAGUCGAGGGUCGACGACAUCGCUGAGUUGUUCCCGCUAAUCUAGCUAGUCGACGAGGAUGCCGAGUACACGCUGGUUCACGAAGCUCUCAGAACGAGAGAAGCCGAUCGCCGCCAUUGGAAUGCCGAUGACUACAACAACAUAUUUUUCCG